GCCAUUAUUAAUAACAACGCUACAGUCUCAUCGCAUUUUGAUCCUACUUCUCAAAAUCAACGACGACGACGACGACGAAGGCAACCACGACAAUGAAGAAUCUUAGGGUUUUCUUCUUCGCUCUUCUACUUCUCGCUUCUCCUCUUCUUCAAGUGGCUAGGUGUCAGUCAGAUUCGGAGGAAAAAGUCACAGAGAGUGUUGAAGAAGUGGGUGAUCUUGGAAUUGUGGGUGAGGAAGCUCAGGAUUUCGGUGAUGGCAGUUUUAGUCCUGCUGCCGGAAUUGAUACCAUCUGUGUUUUCCCAAAGAAUAGUGCUCGGGUGGUGCUAGCUGGGGAAGAAACUGAACUACUUGUUGGAAUGAAGAAUGAUGGGGAAUCGAGUAUAAACAUAAUAGCUGUCAAGGCCAGCAUUCACCUUCCUUUUGAUCACCGUCUACUGGUCCAGAAUCUCACUGUUCAGGCCUUUAACAAUGCAACUGUUCCUACCUCAGCACAGGCGACUUUCCCAUACAUCUUUGCUGUGAAUAAGUUCUUGCAGCCUGGAACCUUUGAUCUUGUGGGCACCAUUAUUUAUGAGAUUGACCAGCAUCCAUAUCAAAGCACCUUCUACAAUGCUACUAUUGAAGUUGUGGAGUCUGGUGGAUUCCUCAGCAUUGAGUCAGUGUUUCUGGUCACCCUUGGAUUCGCCCUUCUUGUACUCCUUGGUUUAUGGAUUCAUGGUCAAAUACAGAACCUUUCUAAGAAAACAAAGAGGGCUCCAAAGGUGGAAGUUGGAACUGGGACUAGGGAUGUCUCAAUGGAUGAGUGGCUUCAGGGAACUGCUUACACUCAGUCUUUGUCCAACAAGUCAAAGAAGAAGAAGUAGAUGUCUUGGCGGGCCUGUUUAGCUGCAAAAGGAUUAGACACGGCGGACUUGUAACCCUCGGUAGGCAAUUCGAGGUCUAAAAGAGCCCAUAAGUUAAACUAGGUCUAUAAAAGUCCUCAAGUUAACUAGUUCGUAAGUUUAGCCCAGAGAGAUGACACAUUUGGCUGUUGUAGCAUGAGAAAGAAAUUUUAUAAAUUUUUAUUUUUUUUUUUUCUUCUGAGAAUUUUUGAAGCUAAGCCUUUUUCUAAGAACAACUUUGCCAUUUUAAAGUGGUAAGGAUACACCUUUGAGAAAAGAUCAUUUUUGAUAUCACAUAAUUAUAUUUUCUUUUA